AGUUCCCUAUACGCAUAAUGUCCAACAAAACAUACAAAGUUGUACGGAACAGUGUUCUCGGCCGUUAUAUGGUAGCCAGUAAAAAUCUGAAACAAGGACAGCUCAUUUUUAAAGAAAAUCCCCUUUUUCUCGGACCACAAUUAAACGGACCCGCAAGAUGUUUUAAAUGUCUGAAAAUUAUCGUAUUGUCCAGAUGUUGCUAUUGUUCAGGAUGCGAUACUGCUUUGAUGUGCACUAAUCAGUGCGAAGGCAAAUACCACAGUAAAAUAGAAUGCGCCACGUUAAAAUCGCUCAACAUCAAGGGACAAAUUAUAAUGGAGAAUAGUCCUCUUAUAUUCCCACUAAGGUGCCUUUUGUUGAGGAAGUACGACGUAGAAACAUACAAAAGAUUGUUAGAUUUAGAACCCCAUUUGGAAGCACGUCGUGACACGGCCAUAUGGAGGCGUCACAGGAUUGCCGUGGAAAAUGUGAUGCAGGAGAUGAAUUUAUUGUCGGAGGACGAUAUAAAAGAUGAGCUUAUACAGAAAAUAUGUGGUAUUCUGGAUAUAAAUACAUUUGAGGUGCGACCCCCUAUGUCUCAGAGUAUCUCAAUAUUAAAACCAGAAACGCAGUGUUUGAGGGGCUUAUAUCUGGAAGCUGCCAUGAUGGCGCACGAUUGCAUACCGAACGCGCACUUGUCCGUUGACGAUAAUUUCGUUAUGAGCGUGUAUGCAAGUAUUGACAUUAAUGAAAAUGAGCCUAUUUAUUUUAAUUAUUCUAAUAUAUUACAGGGUAAUCAAGAACGACAGCAGCACCUUCUAGAAGGUAAAUAUUUUUCUUGCAGAUGUAGAAGAUGUCGAGAUCCGACAGAACUGGGAACCGAAAUUAGUUCGAUAGUAUGCCAUAAAUGUAGAAAAGGAUUGUUGCGAAUGAAGGAAAUAGAAAAAGAUUUUCGAAUAUGGCAAUGCAACGAAUGCCAGGUGGUGUUUAAAUCGUUUUUGAUUGAAUUAGCUAUAAAUGAAGCAAGACGAAGAAUAUCAGAUAUAGAUCUAUCUGAUCUUCACGAGAUGGAAAACUUGCAUAAUAAUCUUGUAAUGACGUUUCAUCCUAAUCACUAUUUGAUGUUGGAACUAAAACAGCAUAUGGUGGCGUUAUAUGCAAAACUGCCACCCACCAAAAACAAUUUAACCAAAAAGAUAGACUUGUGUGGACGACUUUUAUCUGUUUAUACGAAAUUGGAACCUGGCAUAUCAAGAAUACGAGCUUUAACUAUGUACGAGCUCCAGUCGGCCAUCAUCGACUUAUCCAACAAAGAGUACCGAGACAAAGAAUUAUCCGAGAGUGGCUUAUUGUCGGAACUUCAAAGAGCGGAAAAAAUACUGAAGGAAUGCGCUAAAUACUUACUGUACGAACCGAGCAAAAGUCCCGAAGGUCGAAUGGCUUUGGUGGCCUUAAAAGAGCUGAAGUACUUGAGAGAAUCUAUUGAGAAUAUACAAAAGGACGUGUUAAUAAAUGGCCAGAACGAACGGAAAGAUAAAAAGUUGAAAAUGACCAAAGCACACGAAGAAAAUUCACUAAAUCAUAAGGAGAAAAAUGGAAGGAUUGAUGAUAUUGAGAAUACUAGUCAAAAGAUUGUGAAUAGUCAUGUGGAAUAUCUUGAGAAAAACAAGAACAAACCGAAGAAAAAGAAUAAAAAAGCAGAAAAAAUUUAGAAUAUAUCAUCAUGUAGAUAAUUUUAGGAAAUAUUAGGUUUUAAUAAAAAAGUUUUU